UCAGAAAUAUGUGCUCUGAUCUAUGAGUGUUUACUGACCCGAACACUUGUAGGUCCUUGUAGUUCAGCCAGAUGGGGACACCUCCGCAGCCUCCUCACCCAUCAUUCUACCUGGAGAGACCUGGAGGAAAGCUGCUGAGAUCCAGAGCUCAAGACACAACUGAUGGAGCGUUCCUUGAAGUGUCUAUUCCUCUGUGGCCACUUACUGACCAUAACGGCUGCCCCCAUUCUCUCAUCUAAAGAAGACAUCGCAGAAAUCAUUCAUUUUAGCAAUAAACUUUUGUCCAAGAAUUUCCUGUUUAAGCUCUUGAGGGUUGAAGAUGAGGAUGAAUCCUAUUUGCAGGAAACCUCAACAGGAAGAAAAGUUCUGAAAUUUUCCAUAAAGGAGACAACAUGUUUGACCUCUGACAGUUAUGAUCUUGAAAAGUGUGACUUUAAAAAUGAUGGGGAGGUUAUGGCGUGUGUGGCCGAUAUUAUCACUGAUCACCAGCAGAAAAAAAUCACAGGACAAUGUAUGAAGAAAAGCUCUACAGCGAGGAGAGAGCACGCCAUGGAGAGGGACAUCGUGGUCAAGGCACAGAAGACUUUUGAUUUGUCUGUGGACCCUGAGAAGUCUCAUAACCAGGAAUGUCUGGAGUGCAUCUUCACCCUUCUCCCGAAACACAGCUGGACCCCACCCCUGUCCAAGUGACCAGAUCCCCACUUGCUCGUCCCUUUAUUUUAAAGAGGGGGGUGUCACACACAGACAUUUUGUGUUGCAAAUCUUCUCUUGUUUCACAUGCUUUGCUUGCUGUAAGGAUAUGGAAAUAUUGCUGAUAUCCAGAGGCCACAGCUAUGUUGACCAAGCAGCUGAGGGUUUGUUACACUGUACAAACAAUGGAAUCCUUUAUCUUGUAUAGCUUGUUAUAAUGUAUGAGUCUGGGCUGAUUAACUCACAGAAAAUUGUCUGGACUGGAUACAACUGUAACAAACCCUCAGACAGAAAACCUACCAGUGAAGGUUAGUGAAGGUCUGAGCGUCCAGCCGGCAGGGCAGCAGCUGCUCACUGAGGAUUGUCUGUAUGGGUCUCACUCCCUUUUCUAAAAUUCUCAUCCCCAUCCAUCCCUUGGCUGAACUUGAUGGACUUAUGUUGCAUUAACAAUGUAUCUAUGUAGUUGU